ACAUUUGUAACCGAACACGGAAGUCGUUCAAAGAAACUCCCGCGUAGUUUUCAUUGUUUGGAUAAGCCAUGUGCGUCUGAUAGAGAUGCAGUGUGUUUACAACCGAAUGACUACGAUGUCUAAACUGAAGAGGAAGAAAUUAUCAGUUGAAGAGAGUAGAUCUGAGCAGCACUCGAGGAUCAAGAAGUCAAACGAAAGUUUGUGCACAGUACAGGACAGUAGCUGCAGCAAAACAUCUACAGGCAGGGAGAGGUGGUGGGAGAGUUCUGAAUUAAGUGAUGUGGAGAGACUCUGGGCUCUUACCUUGAGAGCUCUAUGCCCAGCUUUGCAGUCAGAUCAGGAAGAACCUAUUCCACAGCUCCCCCCACCUUCAUCCACGAAAACUCCUGUGCAAAAAGUAAGUGAUUGGAGGUGGUGCAGUGCAGAUGAAGAUACUAAUCCCCCUCCAGAUCUGCCCGCUCCAUCUUUCCUCACUCACCCACCACCAGUGAAUGACUGCAAGAACCCUUCACAACCUCCAGCAGCAGAGAACAUGGGGGAAUCUGACCCACCAGCACUCGCCGAUCAAGAGAAUUAUAUAUCUUCACCUGAUCAGGAGAGUGUGUCAGUAUGUGACAUACAAACUGCUCAGCAGCGCCACCUUGAAGACAAAGUCUAUGGCGUUAAGGGUCGUAAAUUGUCAGACAAACAGGAUGACAAAUUUGGCGAAGCGGGGAAAGUCUCAGAAAUGCAAGAGCUUACAAAAGGAUCUGGAGCAGGAUUGGAUGCGAAAUCAAAAGCAGGAGGAUCUGGAGCAGGAUCAGAUGUGGAAUCAAGAGCAGGAGGAUCUGGAACAGGGAAGGGUACAAAAACAGGUGCAGGAGGAUCUGGAUCAGGGCUAGGAACAAUACCUGGAACUGAAGGAUCAGUAUCAGGCAUGGGAAUAAAACAUAAAGCAGGAGUAUCUGGAUCAGGGCAGAGAGCAAAACCUGGAGCAGGAGGGUCUGGAACAGGGCAGCGGGCAAAUUCAGGAGUAAGAGGAUCUGGAUUAGGACUGGGAACAAAAUCUGGAGCAGGACAGGGAGCAAAAUCAGGACUUGAAGGAUCUGGGUCAGGGCUGGAAAAAAAUUCAGAAGCAGGUGGAUCUGGAUUGGGGCAAGGAACAAAAUCAGGUCCAGAAGUAUCUGGAUCAGGACUGGAGUGCUGCCCAAUGUGUCUAAUGCCAUUUCCUGAAGGGUUCACCCAAAUGGAAUGCGAUGGUCAUCUUGCACAAUGUUUAUCAGAGAUGCAUGACGAUAUUAUUUGGUGAUGAUAAUGAAAUUCUAUUAUUUUGGAUACCCGUGUUUUCCUUUGUAGCUUUAUGUUUCAUGUGCUUGCAAAAUAUUACUUUAACAUUUUGAUUACUGUAACCAGAGGACCUGUUAAGUAUUUCUUAUAAAAUAUGAUGGAAAAAUAUGCAUUAUGCAAUAAAGAACACAGUGUCGAACACAUUCUCUCA